AUGAAAUCAUUUAAAAAAAUUCUAAAGAUAAAUAAGUAUCUGGUAUCAUUUAAAGAUGAAAAAAUUGAAUUGGCAAAUGAAUUAAAACUAUUGAUUGAAUCAAUUUAUCCAAGAUAUAAUUUAUUACAUGAACCAAUUCAAAAAUAUGGUAAACAAAUUAGGAUUGAUAAUAUUUUAAAUGAAUUACUUGGAACAUUAAAAUUAAUAGGAAAUUGUGCUGAUUGUAAAAAAGAAAUGAUAAAAGAUGAUGAUUAUCUUAUUUCUUUAUUGAAUAAAUCAAUUGAUGCAUUAAAUGAACUUUCAAAUAGAUUAAAAGAAAAUGAGAAAGAAAAAAGUAAAAAAUCAAUUGAAGGAUCAUAUCUAAAUUUAAUUGUCACAGAUGUUAGAUUGAAUGCAUUU